AGCAUCGGGCUCGAUGUUCAUCAAAUUCUAUAUUUUUCAGAUUUAUUGUUUUCAGUCAUAUUUUAUCGCGAUAUCAUACUUAUGUAGAUCUAGAAUGUCUCUUGUUGCUUAUUGUGCCAGUGAUGAUAGUGAGGAUAGUGACAUAGAAGAUGACACACAAAAGGAUAACGGAACAGAUGUGGUACAACCUGUUCAACUCCCGAAAGAGGAAUCCCAACGUGCAAAAAAUGGAGAAAUAUCCGAUUCUGAAUCUGACAACGAUGUCAGAAAUGAAGACUACGCAGACGACGCAGUCUUAAAUGAUAAACUGAGGGCUUUACCGGAACCUAAAUAUAAACCUGCUGUAAAGGGAAUACCUGAAACGGAUGAAUUAGAAGAAGAGGUGAAACCCAAGCCAGCAGAGCUAGCAGAUGCUCCAAAGCCACCUCCAAAAAAAUCCAGACAGCCUGUCAGGAUUACUAUUCCAGCUCUGAAUCCAGAUUCUGAUGAUGAAGAACCCCCCAAUAAACAUGCUAAAACAAGUAACAGUCGUAAGGGUAAGAGUGGACUGUUUGCUUUAUUGCCACCACCAGUACAUGCUGCCAUCAAAGAAACAAACAGGACAUUAAUUCCUCACACGCUGACCAAAAAGCCAGCACCUGUCAAGGCAAAGGCCAGUUCAUCCAAGGAAGUGGUGGGCCCCCCUAAGCCAGCUCUACAUGACAGUGACAGUGAGGGAGAGGAUCAACCCUCCAGUUUCUUUUCUUUGGACUCGGGAGACAGUAAAACAUCCACUGUGCCUGGUUUUUCAUCCAAGAAACUAUCACUGCCACCACCUAUUGCAGCUAAUUCUGAUCUUGAUAAAAACUUUGUCUCCGAGGCCUCAAGACCUACGGUUCAUGUGUCACAGAACCUUACAGGAAAUUCAAUGUUUAGGAAAGAUGUAGAUUCACAAAAUGCACCUUUACAGUUUAAGGCGUCUGUUCAGGAUAUGUAUCCGUCUUAUGGAGCUGGACCAGCCCCUACAGACACAUCUUCCUCCACAGAACAAUUUGAUAAAGAUGAUGAAAUUGAGAGACGCAGUGCUCCAACCGUUCAUACUGGGGAGGAAGAGUUCCAACAGCUGCUACAGAGUGAUGAGUUUCUAAAGAUGCAAGGUAAAAAACAAAGAGGAAAAGAAUCCAUCAACAUUGUGGAUGUCAAUGCUGAUGAUUUCAUCAGUACUGUAGACGUACACAAAUCCAUGACGGAAGAACAGCCUGUCCGGAUGUCACACAAAAAGGGAGAUGGACCCACAUCUCAACAGAAACGCAAACACCAAAUCACUUACCUAGCUCAUCAGGCACAGGAACGCGAGAUAGAAUUAAAGAAUGAAUGGUCACAGAACCGAGCAACAAGGAAACAGACUCAGGCGAAGUAUGGAUUUUGAGGAAAUUACCAUCGCCAGAUCAUCAGUUGUUGGAUAUACAGUGCUGGAUUUUGAGGAAAUUACCAUCGGUAGAUCAUCAGUUGUUGGAUAUGUAGUGUGCUGGGUCUACCAGUUGCCCACAAGUGUGUGUGUACUAUAAUAACAUAUCCCAGAGUUGUGUCCAUGCAAUGAUGGGACAUAAAUACAAUACGUUUAAAAAGUGUCAAUGCUAUCACGUCUACAAUAUUCAUUUUAAUAUCAUUUGUGCUGUAGAAUGAUAGUUCAAAUUUUUCCAAGUGCAAAUUUUAGAUUAAUGAUAAGGUGAUAAAAACUUAUAUCCUUUUCUCCUUACAUUUUUUUUCUUCAUGCCAAAUGCUUGAAGGAUACUUGCAAGUAUACUGCCAAUUUGAAAUAAUGCAUUAAAAUUUGUGAAUCUUAUUUGACCAAAUUCUUUAAAUCAAAUUGUAGGAAAUAUAUAAUGGUCAGAGGCAUUAUGAUCCCAAUCAAUGUGAUUUCUGGAUUUUGAUACAUGUAGGUUGGGGAUAUUUUCAAUAUAUCAGAUAUGUUUACUGCAUUUCCCAGACAACCAUGCUUCAAUACUUGAGCAUGCUGUAUAUAUAUUGAAUAAAAUAUCUUUUUAAAAAACCCAACAAA